AGAAGAAGAAGACGGAAAGACGGCUGUCGAAAAGGAAUUUUCCAAGAGCGGGACGAGGUGUAUAAAGCAUGUUACACAUUAGCGGGGAAAGGACGACGAAUGAAGAAGAAGAAGAAGAAGAAGAAUAAGAUUCUCGGGGAACGUGCAGAAAUGUUGGUACACGCGAGCCCGUGUCAAACGCCGCAUUUACAGCAGACCGAUAUAGCCACGCAUAUAGAGCUGCCGGGAGAAUUUCUCGAGUGCCGGGGAAACCCAACGGCGGCGGGAGCAAUCUACUCCUCCCACACACCCACGGCUCCUCGAGGCCGUUAUCACGCCGCCUUCCAACUAUGCCCCGCGUCGCAAGCUCGAUGUGCUUGCGAAACACCAGCCUGCAGAAUGCACGAUCCCCUCCCGCAGCUCGCGGCGGCGGCGGCUCGGCAGAGACCGAGAGAUAGAAUAACGUCCCUAAGUGUACUUACUGCAAAGACCCGAAAUUGGGGAACG